AUGAGCUCUAGUGGAGAUAGUAGACGUAAAGGUGAAGAAAGAGUAGAAGUUGGUCGGAAGUCAAAUGAUGAUGGGGAAUGGAAGGGUUGGUUUGGGUGGUUUACGGAGUUGAUGGAUGAAGAAGAGAAUAUGCUUUGGGAAGAUGGAUAUGGAGCUGCUCUUUUGAUAUACUGGAUACUGAAUUGGGUAAUGCUUUGUUCUUUUGGGUUUAUGAAUCUACCUGAUGGUGUCUUCUUAAAGGAUGCUGGAUGGAUUGGGUUGGUUUCUUGGAUGAUCUCGUCUUUACUAGGAAUAUACAUGUUGUUGCACUUCAUUAAGGGAGUUAAGGCGAUGGGGUAUCGGUAUCGGGCGGGUGUAAGAUUGCGAACGGGUGGGUUCUUUAGUACACUUGGGUAUUACUUGAGUUGGUGGUUUUGGGGUCUACUAACUGGAGGUAUAGCUAACAAUACGGUUUAUCAUGGUUUGCUUCAUGUGUCUGGAGUUAAGUUUUUGAUUGCACUGAUGGUUUUGAUAGGGAUACUGGGUAUACUGAAUAUAGCUUUGAUCUGUUGGAUACUGGCUAAGCCGGUUAAUAGUAAGACGCAGCAACGAGGACAUAAUGUUGGAGUAGUUAAACACGGUCUGGACUUAGUGUUGAUCUUUGGACUGCUUGGUUCUUAUGUUAUAGCUAUUAUUAAGCCAGAAUUCAGACCAGAAUUAGCACCAGGCUCCGUAUAG